AGUGUUGGAUGUUUCCUGCUGGGCGUCACACUGGCAACCGAAACUAAUAAGCAUCAGCCGCAGAAACAUUACGUUGCGCAUCCGCAAUUACUGCGAAACAAGCGGGGACUGCUGUCCGCACUGUUCGGUACGGGCGAGCAGCAGACCACGCCACUACCGGCGGAAGUGCUGCCCGUGUACGGCGACCCAGCGCAGCCCCCGCUGCACAUGCUGUAUGGCCACUCAACCGGACUGCAGCAGGGACCUUAUCCGCCGUAUCCGGUGAUGUUCCUGCCAGGGCCACCAGCUGCCGGUGAGCAAAGCCCGUACCUUCCGCUGCUGGCAUACGGCGGGGUUGCUGGUGACAACAAUCAUCUACCGACGGUUAUCGGUUGGCCCGAACCAACACCCUUUGCACCGCUUGCACCCGCCGCAACGGAGGUAACGAUUGGCUCGACCGGACAACCGACCACCGCCCGGACAGCGGCAGUAAGCAAUUCGAAACCGCCAAACACACCACCGCAGGUCGAGCAGAGUGCGGCAAAGUCGGCUUAUUUGCUGAAACUGAACCUAACACCGGCGGAGGAGAGUGAAUUGAAGCGAUUAGCCAAACUGCUCGGUGUUACCGAUUUCGAACACCUGCCACCGUUCGAAGAUGUCAAGGCACUGCUGGGCACAUCGACGUCCGGCGAAACAAUCAAAGCGAUCAAAGAGUAUGCCGCGACUCCGGACGGGUUGGAACUCAUCAAAGAUUAUGUGAUGAGCUAUCAGCCAGCCAAGCGCAUUAGUCUCGGCAAGGAACCGUACGUGGGCAACGAGGUCGCACCGGUUGAAGCUUCCACCGCGACGGAAACAGCGGCCUCGUCCCUGAGCAGCGGGUUUUUCGCUCACCUGCGUCGACUGAAAUCGUUGCUUACGUUCGGCUACUUUGAUGCAAACGGUGACGAAACGCCCGCAGAAUCGGCGCUGGAAGUCGCCACACCUGAGGUGGCCAGUGAGGCACCGUUCACACCGAACGAGUACCCCGGUUUUGAGAUUCGUGAUGUACGCGGUUCGGCUUCGCCGCUACCUGUGGCGCAUUAUCUUAUACCGGUGCGAACACUCCCGCGUCAUUCGUCACCCGGCGAGUUGAAGUAUGCAUCCGCGUUACCAUUCCCGUACGCCGUCCACUAUCCUGCGGUCGUGCCACAGCUCCACGACUCGAAUCCAUUCACCGUGCUUAAGGAACCGGCUAGCUUACCGUCGGUGCCCGACGUCUCGCAUCUGGUUGCAAGCGACCCGUCCAUCGCGAACGAACCAUCCCCGUCGGAUGUGAUACUUCCCAAGCGUAUCGCACCGCCAACGCUGGCUACCGGCGAGGUGCAUUCCUUUGAACGCGCGGACAUUGAACAACCGGUACGCACCACAACACCCGCCGGGCAGCAGCAUGAAUUGACCGUCAGCACUGUUACCAGCACGGUUGUAGACCACGAAGAGGCAUUGGCCGAUAUUGCCGAGCUCGCAAACGACACGACCAAUUUCGUGCUGAACGUACUGGAUACCGAGCAGACCGCGUAG